AUGGACGAUAUGAAGCCAUGUUGGGCGGCUUUGCCGAUGGAGUUGAAGCUCUUGAUCCUGGAACAGCUAGCGAACGCGCACAGCUUUCACGACUCGACGCGCAGCGGCUUAGCACCGUAUGCCAGUGUGUCCAGAGACUGGCAGAGAUUCUUUGAGAGCUUGACGUUCAGAAACUUUGUCUUGCGUUUAAAAGACCUCAUACCAUUCAGGGAGUACACCCAAAGCCCAAGGAGGCGUGGCUAUGUCCGGCACAUCUGGCUGCGCCUCGAGGAGUCCCGCGACGGCGAGGAGAGUCUGGGCAUUCCAGUGGGAGGAUCAUCGACAAACCACUUUGGCUCGGCGAUGCUGUAUUUGUGGACUACGCUAGCGUCAUGGACGAUCGAGGAGUCUAGUGAAGGGUUGACGCUGGAGAUGAGCACCCACACCCUUGCAGGGCUGAUCAGGUACGCCAGGCAUGUGCCCAAGGACGACAUUGGCCACUAUUCGAAGCAUCUUGAGACGGGGUCUCUUGAGCAGUAUGACCAUGUCGCACGCUUCAACCACACGAGCCCGAGCUGGGCUACCCACAUUGCACCAAGUUCAUCGAUGCAAGCUGGAGCCAUGCGUGCCCUGUACACCUAUGACGUGAAAUUGAGUCACAUCAGACUGCCGCCCGUGGAGGUCGUGACCAAGUUUCUGACGCGGAGGGCGAACACCCGUAAUAUUCACCCGGAUACACUGGAUCAAAUCGUCAGGAGUCUUCCUCGGUUGGGGGAGAUACACUUUGAAAGGUGGCGGCUUGGCCGCGAAGGAGACGAGAGACGCUGGCUCAAAGGCUUGAACGACAUGUGCCGGUAUGGCCUGCCGCUUUCGGUGAAGAAGUUGACAAUUUUUCACGAAGAGAUUCGCGUACCUUUUUUUGCGCGUUCUGCUCCGAGACGCAUGGUCAUGGAAGAACUCAUAGGCUCCCUGGUUCAAGGAGCUCUUCACCUCGAGCAUCUGGCGCUUUGUUUCAUUAUCGAGGCGGACGAGUUCCUGAGCAACACCCUUGAGUUCCGGAACCUUACGUCACUUACCCUGACAUCUGCACUCUUUAUUGAUAGAAGCGCCGACACCGACGAAGCUGUGGAGCGGCUCAUGAAAACUAAAAAGCUGCUGUUGUUAGCUGCGAUGGCGGCUUCGCGAAUGCCCAAGCUUCAGCUCAUAGAGAUUUGGAAUGGCGGGGAUGGGCAAGCCAGUGUGUUUUGCUACAAGGUUGGCGGUGAACGUGCCGAGGUCAUUUGGAAGAGUACUCAAGACGAACUGAUCGUUGAUGCCGAUGUUCUCGAAGCUUGGAGGGCUACGGCGAGGGUCCAUGGGAGGAACGAGUUGCAAUGUUCGGUUACACGGCUGGGUAUCGGUGGGUUCAAGUACUAUGGCUCUGUUUUGCCAUACUUGGAGUCCAAAGAGCAGGUUCUUCAUAAGGUCUCUGCUGUUCAGAUGGAGUAG